CCCCGGCUCCCUUCAGCCCCCCUCGUUCAAACAAUGUCCUCCGGCCAGAGCCACCCAGAGAGCCUCUGAUCGCAGCACAGCCUUGGACUUAUUUCAAGGGAAAUUAACCCGGAAAAAAAACAACAAAAAAACGCCCCUCCGCGAGGCCGUGAUCCUGAGCGUAUGCCCCUGGAAAAGCUAGGGAUGAGCACCUCCCUGAACUACAAGUCCUUCUCCAAAGAGCAGCAAACCAUGGACAACCUGGAGAAACAGCUGAUUUGCCCCAUCUGCCUGGAGAUGUUCACCAAGCCCGUGGUCAUCCUGCCCUGCCAGCACAACCUCUGUCGGAAAUGCGCCAGCGACAUUUUCCAGGCUUCCAACCCCUACCUGCCGACCCGGGGAGGCACAACUGUGGCAUCGGGAGGCCGCUUUCGAUGUCCCUCCUGCAGGCAUGAAGUGGUCCUCGACCGGCAUGGCGUCUACGGGCUGCAGAGGAACCUGCUGGUGGAGAACAUCAUCGACAUCUACAAGCAGGAGUCCACAAGACCCGAAAGGAAGUGUGACCAGCCAAUGUGCGAAGAGCACGAAGAUGAGAGAAUUAAUAUCUAUUGUUUGAACUGUGAAAUGCCCACCUGCUCCUUGUGCAAAGUCUUUGGUGCCCACAAGGACUGCCAAGUUGCUCCUCUCACAAACGUUUACCAGCGACAGAAGUCCGAGCUGAGCGAUGGCAUUGCGGUCCUGGUGGGGAGCAACGACAGAGUGCAAGGGAUAGUCACGCAGCUGGAGGAGACCUGCAAGACGGUUGAGGAAUGCUGCAGACGACAGAAAGAGCAGCUGUGUGAAAAAUUUGAUUAUCUCUAUUCUGUACUGGAAGAAAGAAAAAAUGAGAUGACACAAAUAAUCACUAGAACCCAAGAGGAGAAACUGGAACACGUCCGCUCCCUGAUGAAGAAGUAUGCGGAUCAUUUGGAAGCUGUGUCAAAGCUGGUUGAAUCAGGAAUCCAGUUCAUGGAAGAACCAGAAAUGGCUGUGUUUUUGCAGAAUGCCAAAACAUUGCUACAAAAAAUUACUGAAGCAUCUAAAGGAUUUCAAAUGGAAAAAAUAGAGGACGGGUAUGAAAAUAUGAACCAAUUCACAGUGAACCUCAGUAGAGAAGAAAAGAUAAUACGAGAAAUUGAUUUCGACAGAGAGGAGGAGGGAGAGGAGGAAGAGGAAGAGACGGUGGAUGGUGAAGAUCUGGAUGAAGUCCACACUGAGUCAUCAGGAGAAGAGGAGGAGGAAGAGGUGGAGGAGGAAGGGGCUGAGAGAGCAUCACAGCCACCUCAGCAGGACCCUGAACCUCAGAGCGUGGUGGAAGAGCCUCCGGCCGAACCUGCUCCGGUGCCACCGUCUGCCACCCCAGCUGGUCAGGCUGAGGUUGUGACACCCAGUGGUCCUCAACAGACCCCAGAGUCUGACACUCAAGUGCCGGCCACAGCAGAAACCAGCGACCCCUUGUUUUACCCUAGCUGGUAUAAGGCUCAGUCGCGGCAGCCGAGCAGUCCCAGCUCAACCCCGGCGAGCGGGUUGGGGAAAGUAGGGCCUCCUCCUGUUUCUCUGGAAACAAGUGCAAAGAAGGCAGAACCCCCCGCAGCGGAAGCGAUGGAGGAGAGCGCGCCGGGGAGUGGUAAGGAAAGUAAUGCCACCGCAGCAACCUCCAAGGAGUUAGCAUUCUGCAUAUCACUUUUGGCAUUUCUUAUCAUACUACAUCAUCUUUGGAAUCUGAUUCAAUACAUGAUUUGUACUUUCAUGGACUGGUUCUGAGCCAUCCCCUCAAGGACGAGCGGAGGAAACUCCCCUGAGCAAUGAGAGGGGUGACGAGCCGGCUCGUCAUGUCUUCUCCUUCUCCUGGUUGAACUCACUGAAUGAAUGAUGACUCACUCCGGCUGGCUUCUGGUGUGCUUCUCCUCGGAAGGACCGCGAGCGCAGGCAGCCUGGCUCAAAUCCACAAAGAAACUGGCCUGGAAAGGGACACCCGAGCAGGUUUCCUUCCCAGGAACUUGGUUGAACCUCCACGUCGUACCCAGCCCUUGAGAGAUGACAGCCCUGAGAGGGGCGGAAGCACGGGGACAAAUUGCUAUACUGUAUUGUAGUCAGAGUGUUUUCCAAUAAUUUCUUGUUUCCAAGGGGAAAAUAGCAUCACUUACAGCUGGGAGGCUGAGCACUG